GAAACUGUAGUUCUUGGCAGAGUGUAGGGCCCGCAGAGCUGCGCUAUUCCUUCUCAGUGUGGUACUGGGCAUCACCCCGAUCGUUGGUUGCACGGUCGACAGUUCGUCCAAGAACUCACUCUGUAGAAGGCGACUCCACAGAACCCUCAUCAUCAUCAUGAGCUGGCCAUCAUUCUACGGUUACAAAUACACCCCUAUUGGCCUCCGCCAGAGGGAUAUCAUUGAGGAGUCCGGAAAGCGGACCGUGUCCACCACAGUCCAUCUGCCAGAGGGUGGACAUUUGCUCGAUAUUGAGCGUAAAUACUCGCCUGAUGGCUCAAUUGCCAAGAAGGAGACCUCAUGUUUCGUGCCCUCUGCGAUCUCGGCUCCCUCCCCUCGCCCCGCCCCCUCAGGCAUAGGCCCCGUCGCCCCCUCCUCCCCCUUCUACGAGGACUUCGAGCCCCGUGGGCUGGGGGACCUCGAGCGCCAGGCUGACGACAUCAUCGCUAAUUUCCGCGCCAGGAACCAGACAGGACUCGAUAUGCCAGUCUUAAGACCAUCUCCGGCGUUUGCAAUGCUAAACCGUCGCCAGGGAUUGAGGGACAUCGUACGAGAAGACGAUGAAGAAAUGAAUAGAAAUCGGGAAAUGAGACAGCGAGCCAAACGAGUGAUGGGCGAAGAUUUCUGAAAAAAAAACAAGCAGUACAGGACCCGGCAUCUUAAUAUGCUCACAAGAUCAUCGUAACAUGACUUCGGCGGUUACCCAGCGACUGUGGAGCGCAAGAACCAACGAAUAAAUACAACAACAAAGAACUUGAUUGCAAGGAUUAACAACUUAAUGACAAAUAAACUGCUACACUUACAAACACCUUUAGCAGGUAUUGGUGACGCGAUCCAAUAAUUUGUUUUCAUUAUCUCCGUCAUUCCACACCUGCUGACGGUUCAUGACGGAUAAUGAUGCAUUGGUAUAUACAGUAUAAUAUUGACGCAUUGGUACUAGUGGUAUGAUGCUGAUGCAUAUUACUACUGGUGUGAUGUUGAUGUAUUGGUACUAGUGGUAUGAUGUUGAGGUACUUCUACUAUUCGAAGGAUGAUUUAUUGGCACUAUAUUCGGCUUAUUAUAUUUUGGCAUUCACGCCGCUUUAUUAGGACUUCCGCCAUCCCAGAGCCCAGGAACAUCUCGUAUUUCUUUCCACGGCUAAAUAUCAUAGAUUAAUCCUAUACUGUACUUGCUCAUUUACUUGCCGGAUGAAGUAAGACAAGAAUACUUUAAUUCAUUCGCUGCAAAUUUUAUGGCAACUAUUAACGUUUUAUAUUUGGUGUUCAACGAAUGGUGUUUUGUGUGAAUCGUGGGGAACACUCUGUAUUUUCCGAGAGCUUUAUAUGUGGUAAAUAUGUGUUAGCAUGUGUUGUGUUGGAAUAUUUGUUCUAUGUUCACAUUAUAUUUGUCAUCAUUUCAUUUUUGGCCAGGGACUCACUUGAUUGGGCCAAUAAACUGAUUUUAAA